CCUAAACGAUCACAUUUCGUUUAGCUGUUGACACGGAAUUUCAUUUGUCUUUCAAAAGUACACUCUGUCAGCAAAUUACAGCAAGUUAUGAUUUGUAUUUCAACUGUUUGGCAUGUGGAUAGAUUCACGGGUUAAAUCAAAGUUUAACAUAUAACUCCUACCCCGGAUAUAUCCAUAUCUAGGAAAGGAAGUCUACCAACCAGGACGUGACUAGAUGUGUACAGUAGAAUGAAACAAGAAAUGCAGUGACGUGUCACUUUGUGUAAAAGAAGUGUUUGAAUUUGACCCAAUUUUUUUUUUUACAUUUUAAUUCCUAUUGUCAGAAAGUUAAAUUGCUCAGCGUCAUGCCAGCUAUUAGACGAGAAACACGUCAUUGCGACACUAGAGAUUUGGAGAAAAAACCUGAUAACGCAACAUAGACUGAACCAGUAUUCUAUUACAAGCAAAGGAUUUUUAUAUGCACUUUACUACAGACAGGACCGCACCAACCACGGUCUUUUUAAAAAGUCCAACAAUGUCUCAAGACGAGGAUUAUUACGACACAAUUCAAGAGACUGGUGGCACAAACAACGCCAAUGACACGGACGAUUAUUUGCAACAAACUUUUGAUCCACAUGGGCACCUGGUGGAUACCACAUCCAGUGAACCAGUUCCUGGACCGAUGGGAUACUCACACUCAGAAAUGCAAAAACAACCACAAAGAAAUAUGAAGACGCUUUCCAAGGAUUCAGCCUAUAGCACGAGUUCUGGAGAAACAGAAAGAUGUUUUGACGUAUACGUCGAGCCUUUUGUUUGCAAGAAGACGCCGCCAACUUUUGGAUCCUCUGUACUGGCAGUCAAUGGUGUUAGUCUUGAACUGAGAUCAAAGGACAAUGGAACCACCUAUCUCACCUGGCCCAUUGUGUUCAUUCGUCGGUACGGCGCAACCGAGCAGAUAUUCCAGCUAGAAGCAGGUCGACGUUCCGAAUCUGGCGAGGGACUUUUUAACUUCUUCACACCAUACGGAAAGCUUAUAAUCGAGGAAAUUAAGCGACGAUCAGCCCAUUCUGAGAAAACUUAAACUACGCACACAUUAGAAGUUUCGUUUCAUUCACAUUGUUAAAGUCGCAGACUUUAUGG